UCGGCACGACAUUUUCUGGAUAUGCUUUUGCUUUUAAACAUGAUGUUGAGACAGACCCGCCGAAGAUAAAUGUCAUUCCAGCAUGGAUCGCCGGUGGUCAGCGUAUCUCAUUGGAAACGCCGACUGUUUUGUUGCUUGACCCUGAACAAAACUUUGAGGCUUUUGGUUUUGAUGCUGAAAACAAAUAUGCUGAACUUGCCGCUGACGAUGAGCACGAGGGAUACUUCUACUUCCGGAGGUUUAAGAUGAAGCUGUACAACUCCACAGUAAGUGUACACUUUCAAAGGUAAAAUGUAGUAAUGGAUUUGAUCCUAUUUGAUGACAGUCUUCUUUGCUGUCGUUGCAUGACGGAAUAGUUCAUAUGUAGGGUGUCAUGAACAAUAUAUCCACAAUUUCUAGAACAUUGACCAUGACACAACGAUGGAAGAUGAGCAGGGGAAGAAAAUGAAUGCUGUAAAAGUGUUCAGCAUCUGUAUCAAAUACCUCAUGGGGCACGUUAUGAAGACCAUUAAACACAGGGUGACAGUUAUAUCUAAGAAAGACGUCGACUGGGUACUGCCUGUACCAGCUAUAUGGAAUGACAGCUCGAAACAGUUCAUGAUAGAGGCCGCCGAAAUGGCUGGCAUCAAGAAAGACUCAUUAACCAUUGCAACGGAGCCGGAAGCUGCCUCUCUCUUUUGCAUGCAUCUUCCUAUUGAGCAGCUAAACAUGACCGGAGCUUCUUUGUCCCAGUCCCAAAUGUCACCUUUCUCAACUGGUCAACACUAUAUGGUGGUCAAUGCUGGAGGUGUUACAGUGGAUAUCAACGUUAUCGAGUUGGUGGGAGAAGGACAACUGAAGGUGCUUAACAUGAACAGUGGCGGGCCUUGGGGAGAAUCUCGUGUUGACGAAGCAUUCCAAGAUUUCGUGAGGAAACUUGUUGGAAAUCUAGUUUUUGACGAGUUCAAGAAGACAUGUGUUGAAGAUUUUGAUCAACUACAAAGGCAAUCCGAAACAAAGAAACGUCGCGACACGAAGGGGAAAGAAACGAUCAAUAUUCCGGUUGCUUUGAUAGAAAUUUAUAAUAGUAAAACAAAGAAAACCAUGGACGAGGCGGUUAAGCAGUUUAAAGGUCAUCUGUCUUGGACUGCUGGAAAAUUGCGCGUAAAUUGCGAAUUCGUGAGAGGAUGGUUUAAAGACACCUGUGAUAAUAUAGUUAAAAGUGUACGGGAUCUAUUUCGACAACAUGGAAUGUUCAGUUGCAAGACCAUACUUCUUGUUGGUGGAUUUGCGGAGUCAUCGGUGCUACAACAAGCUUUUCGAGAUAACUUUCCCGACAAGCGGCUCAUCGUGCCUGAAGAAGCUGGACUUGCAGUGCUCAAGGGCGCCGUUCUGUUUGGCCAUCUCAAACCAUAUCUUAGCACUGUGCACUGUUCCUCAGAUUGUUAUUCUGAAGAUAAGGAAAAGAGUACCAAACCAGUUCAAACGAUAAUUGUUGCUGCAAUAGACUUCGGAUCGGCGUUCUCAGGAUACGCCUUUGCAGUAAGAGAUGAUUUGAAAAUUGACAGUGAGAAUCCAAAAAUCAGCACUGGGACGGGGUUUGUGAGUGGACAAAUGAUUUCCCAUAAAACUCCCACAGUGCUUUUGCUUAACCCAGACAAGUCAUUUGCGGCGUUUGGGUAUGCAGCAGAAGAAAAGUACAGUACAUUGUUUGAAGAUGACAGGGAACAAAAAACCUCAAGCCACAGAUCUUACUACUACUUCCGGCGCUUGAAGAUGAGGCUGUAUAGCCCCGACAGGCCUAUGACGUUGAGCAGAGAUGUUGAAAUUCAGGACGAGCAUGGGAAGAGAAUGAAGGCAAUUGAUGUCUUCAGCAUCUGCAUCAAACAUUUAGCAACUGAGUUUAUGAAGCUGGGAAGAAACAGGUUACCAGAUUUGACCGAAGACGAUGUCCAUUGGGUGUUGACAGUUCCUGCCAUUUGGUCUGACAGUUCAAAGCAGUUCAUGCGAGUCGCAGCUGAGCUAGCUGGGCUAGAUGGAAAUCGCCUUACAAUAGCUCUUGAACCAGAGGCAGCAUCGCUGUUCUGUAUGCGUGUGCCGAUCAAGAGCCAAGUAGAAGCGUCCGCAACAGUGUCACAGUUUCAAGAAGGGACUAAGUACAUGGUAGUUGAUGCAGGAGGAGGCACUAUAGACGUUAUCGUACACGAGAUAGUUGGCGAUAAUAAGCUGAAGGAACUGACGUCGGCCAGCGGAGGGCCAUGGGGAGGUACACUGGUUGACAAAGAAUUUGAUGCCUUCAUGGAGACAAUUUUCGGCAAAGACUUAUAUUACCGGUUUAAAAACGAAUGUGUAGGCGAUUACAUUGAUCUUCAUAGAGAGCUUGAACUUAAAAAGAGGAACGUUAAUUCAAACGACGAUAGAAAAGAAACCUUCUCAUUGCCAUUUGCUUUGCUCAAGUUGAUGGACAAGGAAAUGGAUACGUUAGUUGACCAACGGCUGCAAAUAUACAAUGGCGAUGUUUCUUUAAAGAAUGGAAAACUAAGGAUUGCCAGCGAGAUAAUGAGAGGAUGGUUCAAAGAAUCCUGUUUGAAAACUACACAGCACUUAAAGAGUAUUUUGCAACAAAAAGUAUGCGCUGGAACAAACACCAUUUUGUUGGUGGGUGGUUAUGCCGAGUCCCCAAUGUUGCAAAGUGAAAUUAAAGAUGCAUUCAGAGAUAAGACAGUCAUAAUCCCGGAUGAAGCCGGCUUAGCCGUAUUAAAAGGCGCGGUUCUGUUUGGAAACGACCCUCUAGUUGUAGUAUCAAGAAUUGCAAGAUGCUCCUAUGGCAUUUGUGUGUUCCGCGAUUUUGACCCAAGGAUACAUGCACAGGAAAAGAAGACAGUAAUUGAAGGAAAACUUAAAUGCAAGGAUAUCUUCGCAAAACAUGUUCAACGAGGUGACGAGCUUACCGUUGGACAGGCACAGUUGCACCAACGGUAUUCUAAAUUAGAAGCUGACCAAAUCUCGUUUGUCCUGGAUAUAUAUACAUCCACCAAUGCCGAUCCAAGAUUCGUUGAUGAUGAGGAUUGUACGUACCUUGGAUGCCUCGAGAUAGAAGUUCCCCCAGAGGACAGCAAAGAUAAUGGCAUCAAAGUUAACAUGACGUUUGGGGGAACAGAACUGGAGGUUGAAGCCAGAGAUGAAAAAUAUGGAAAAACGAAAAAAGCUACCUUUGAUUUUUUGGUAGACAACCUAAAUCCACAGUCAAAGAUUGCAUUGUAACUCACGCCUUCUUUUCACCCCUGUGUUGUUUAUUGGUAUUUCAACAGGUUAACGUGUUCUUUUUGUACGACAAGAACUACACUAAAAUAGUAUUUAAAUUAAUAUUGUGUUUGUCAACGUGUUGCGAUGUAAGUUAGAAUGAUAACAUUUUAAUCCAGGGUUUUUAGCUUGACAGGACAGUGCCCAAAUGAGAGCACCAACUACAUUUGUUAAUGCCGAAUUAAAGGCUAAAGUAAGUGAUCACCAAGUAAAUGAUAUGAAUAAUGUCUAAUAAACAUCAACAUAAUAAUGCAUCCCUGAAUUAUGAAAAUCGUUACACCUCGCUCAUACAUUGCAAGAGAAGGUUGUUUAAAAUAAGUUGAAAUGUACUUUCAUGUGACUGCUCAUACUGCUAAAUACUUUCUUGCGACAUUGAAAGAGAGGGUUGAAGAAUUAUGAUUUAUAAUUUAUCCAAUGUAGGCUUUUUUCCAUUAACUGUUCGUCCUUUACCAUAAAACUGCAGCCGUCAUCUGAUAUGUUGACCACUUUACUGACA